UUCAUUUGAACUUUUUCGUAGCGACAUUUUCGAGUCAGCGGCAUAAAAGUCUGGGCGGCUAGUGAUUAGCAUUUAGUUGAAUUUUGAUUGCCAAGGGACCGGUGUCUUCAACUCAAUCGGAAAUGCAUUUCUUCAUUGUGCCGUGCCUCCUAGGACUUGCAGCCGGCAUUCCUCAAGGAUACAACUACCAGGCCCAGCAACAGCUUCAAUCGUCGGCGCAGGCUGGUCAACUGCAGCUGCCUUCCAUUCCGCAGUUUGCCACCUUUGCGGAGCAGACGAUCCUUCAGCAGGCGCUCCAGGCUCCGAAGUUGCAGCAGGUCCUGACCGGAGGAGAGGGGCUCGCCUCCUACUCAAAGCAAAGCCAGGCUUCCACUUACCAACAGCAGGCGACGCAGUUCGGCGCAAAUUUGGCGUACAAUGCGCUGCCCCAGGCACAUCAGCCUCAGCAGCAGCACCUCGUCUCCAAGGACAUCUACGUCCAUGUGCCACCAGCAGAAGAGCCCGAGGACCGCUAUCCUCAGCCUGUUCUCCCGCCCGCGCCCCCGCGCAAGCAUUAUCGCAUCGUUUUCAUCAAGGCGCCGACGCCCAGUGUCUCGAAGGCGGCGUUGCGCAUCAAGCAGGCUCCUGUGGAGGAGAAGACCAUCAUCUACGUGCUGACCAAGAAGCCGGACCCACUGGAUCUCCAGACGGCCAUCGAGGAAAUCGCGCCUAAGCAGCCCAGCAAGCCAGAGGUCUUCUUCAUCAAGUACAAGACGCAGGAGGAAGCUGCGCAUGCGCAACGUACCAUCCAAGCUCAAUAUGACCAGCUUGGCGGCACAUCACAGGUUUCUGACGAGGGAGUCGCCCCCGUUACAUCCGUGAUUGGCGUCCUGGACAACCAGCGCAACAGCGGAGUCGCAUCCGGACAGUUUGCCGGCUCCUUGCCAAACAGCUACUUGCCAACCAAUCUGCGUGCUUAGGUUCAACUCCAAGGCAGAAGAACGUCGUAAUUUUAAGACUUGAACUCUUGUACAUUUACACAUUUAGUUAAAUAAAGUUCAUAU